UCAAGAGUUUAAGCUUACCUCGCUUCCUUGUAUCUCGCUACGGCUCGCAGCAGCCAUGUGCCCCACCUGCGGCAUCUGCAUUGAGUCCCUGCGUCGUCGGGAUUCUCCGGUGGCCACCCUGUGCGGCCACGUGUUCCACGAGCACUGCCUGGAGCAGUGGUGCGAGUCGAAGGGAAACACAGACGCCCCGUGCCCUCAGUGCCGGCUGCCCAUCAGCAAGGGAGACCUGCGCAGGCUUUUUUUGGACGACCAUCGGCCCCGCCGCAAGAGGCACCACCGCCGUGGAGACAUCGCUAACGACCACAUGGAGGACGCGACGUUCGGUACGUCUUCAAUAGAGGAGCCGGCGUAAAGCGCUCGCUGUUAAGUUCGGCGCAGUGAGGAGACGACAGAAAAAAAUACACGUCCCAUAUACAUAUGUGGACGAUCUACGGCCUAUGGCGUCGUGGCAGGUCACAGCGCAUCCAAAAAUGA